AUGGCGGCUACAGGCCAGCCCCAGUCAAGUGACAGCCUGAGCUCUGCCCAGGCCAACGGCAGCGCGCUUGAUGAGUUGGCAAGCGCUCAGCAUCAGAAUGGUGCAGCCUCAAUGCACCAGGAGAGAUCCACCCAUCCACAUGGAAAUCGCAAGCAGAAGACCUGUCGGUUUUUUGCGACGAAGAAGGGUUGUCGUAGCGGCGAUGCUUGCCCCUACCUUCACGUAGCCCCCGAUCAAGGGGUACCAGAAUCAUCAGCCCCGACUUCGACCCCGACUCAAGCCCCUACCCAAAAACAAAGUAGGACGAGAGAACGCCAGGCAGUUUCCAAACCCAUUCCCAAAACUCAACAAGACUCACCCCGAGACUUCCAAAUUGGGCAACUCAGACGCAGAUUCCACCCGAAAGAGGAGCAGGAUGAUGCCGGCAAUACGACGCUUACAUUCAGUAUGGUCCCUACGGACCCGGACUUUCCUUUUGAUAUGCCCAAGCUAGAUUGUUCGCUGCGAAUCCCUCAUGAUUGGCCAGAGACCGACAGACCUACAGUUAGGGUUACUAACCCUGACAUGCCCAGGGGUUUUCAGAUUAAUGUCGAAAGAGGGUUUGAUGGAUUGAUAGAGUCUGCUUUGAAGGAUCAAAGACCUAUUACGCUACUUGGGUUGAUGAAUAGUCUAGAUAGAAAUCUGGAGAGGUUUCUGACUGCUGAAAAGGCGCAAACUAUCAAGAUUGUGGUCAAUAACAGCCGUAAGGUGAAGACGCCUGAACCGGUACCUACAAAGGAUAAGACAGUCCAGAAGCAAGUCCCUGAAGAAACAUCUAUCAGACAAGAGCACAUUGUUCCUGUACCAAAAUUGGUGGUGUAUACUCCUGAACAGCGUGAGGAGGCCGAAAGAAAACGGCAAUCAGAGACAAGACAACUCGAAGCUCGCUUGAACCGAAUACCUCUUUACAAAAAGCUCAACUAUGGACAGUCGUACAUUGUUCCUAUCACCCCUACGAAACCGGAGCGACUUCCGGUUCAUCUCCGGGCCGUGAAAUCGGUGAAACUAUCUGUGCCGCCACUCUAUCCAUUUCAAAAGAGUUCGAUUGAGCUCCAAGCGGUGGAUGCGAUGGAAGCGCGUGCUGUAGAGAUUGGCUUCAGAGAGUGGGUACGGAAAGGGCCUCAUACGACAUUGAUGGCGCAGGUGAAUUACCUCGCGCAUAACAUGCACCUUCUCAUCAAUACUCCAACGACAGAACCCAAACAGCCAGAGAUUCAAGCGCCUGCAGUAGCUGAAGACCUCGGCAAUGCUCCUACGGUAGUAGAUGAAGAUCAAGAUAGUAUCUCAGACUCUGAUCGACCGCACAUCAAAUUCAUCCCACGGCCGCCUGAAUGGUCAAUGCCAGCAGGUCCAGAUGGCGAGGAUAGCGACUCCCCAUUCGAGGAUAGCAGCGAUUCGUACGAGCACGACUCUGCAGAAGAAUCACAAGAUGGCGGAGCACCAAUCGGCGAAACGACUGGAUCGUCGUCGGUCGUCAAUCCGCCUGCACGGGGUACAGCCGUCAAUCUUCCCGGUCUGGAAUUGCAUGGUAUCGAACUACUUGAGACAAAAAUGAUUUCUGUCACUGUCAAAUGCGAUCGAUGCAAAGAGCAUACAGACAUCAAAAAUAUCAAACCGAUAGAUGACCCCAGUCAGCCUUCUCCGGUGAAAGUGGAAUCAUGCAGGAAGUGCGCUAAUACGUUCAAUGUCGCAUUCCGACGACAGCUAAUGCAUCCCAACUCCCAGAGAGCUGGAUACCUGGAUCUUGAAGGAUGCACAGCCUUUGACCUGCUACCAAGUUACUUCCAACCAACAUGCUCCGAAUGUUCAACCCCUUUCCCAGCACCAGGCCUCCUUGCCGUCCGCGGCGACGCAGCAAUGGCGAGUUGUCGCGAAUGUCAUCGCAAAAUGAACUUUAAAAUUUCCGAGGUCAAGUUCAUGGUUGUCGGGGUCUCUGCAUGUAAGUAUCUUCAGCCACAAUCAUACGACGCGUAUCACAUCAACGAAUCCUUGCGCCGAGAAAAAAGAUACGCGAGAAUCUGGGUAUCGUCGCCGGUCAAGAACUCCCUCGCCGCGGACGAUGUAAGCAUUACGGCAAGAGUUAUCGAUGGUUCAGAUUCAGCUGCUGCGCCAAAGUCUUUCCGUGUGACAAAUGCCACGACGCUGAAACAGAUCAUCCAAACGAACAUGGCAAUAGAAUGA